AUGCCAGAUCCUCAAAACCCCCUACGCAUCGCCAUAAUCGGCGCCGGCCCAGCAGGUCUCGGCGCCGCAAUCGCACUGCAGCCCCUCCCCUUCGCCUCCCUCCGCAUCUACGACCAAGCAUCCGAGCUUCGAGAAAUCGGCACAGGACUCAAUAUCCAGCGGAACACAUGGCGCAUGCUAGACGUCCUGGGUGCGUCGAGGAAUAUCAAGCCCGAGGAGAUCUUCCGCGCUGCAGACGGGCAUGCCAUGCAGCAUCGGAAUGGGAGGACGGGGGAACUGCUUGCGGAGCAUAGACAGGGGGAUACACCAAAACACCAUCUACACGCGCGCGCAUUCCGCUCUGUCCUUCAGCGCGCUCUGCUGGCCAAUAUCGACAGGGCAAACCUGAGAUUAAGCUCCCGACUUACACAUAUAAUCGAGAAUCCAAGUGGUUCGCUCUCACUGUCCUUCGAAGACGGACACAAAGACGAAGUCGACCUCCUGAUCGGCGCAGACGGAGUCAGAUCUGUAGUCCGCCAAUUCGCGUUCCCUGAGUACAAGCUCGUUUACACGGGCAAGACUGCAUAUCGCGGACUAAUACCGACUGAGAAACUGCUGGCUAUUCCUGGAUUCCCCGACGCGGUAACAUUUUGGCAUGGGCCUAAGGACUGGGUGUAUACUUGCAAUCUGCGGCAUGGGAUGUAUGAACUUACCUGCACGGCUGGGGUUCCUGAUAAUGGGGAUAGAGUUAGUUGGGGAGAGAAGGCAGAUAUAGAGGAGUUUAGGAAGCCGUGGAAGGACUUUGGCCCGCUUGUCCAGACAAUCCUCAGCCACGCAACGGAAGUUCAACGCUUUGCGCUUUUUGCAGGCCCGCGGCUGGAGUCUGUAGCUAAGGGAUCGAUUGCAUUAGUCGGGGAUGCAUCUCAUCCACUAUCUGGAGCAUUCGGCGCAGGAGCCGGAUUUGCCCUGGAAGAUAGCUACGUCCUCGCCCAAGCAGUGGCGUGGGCCUACGACCGGAAACACAGCAUAUCUCGGGGUCUUGACCUAUACGACCGAGUGCGCUCCCCGCACUACAAGGCGAUGUAUGAUAUCCUAGACGACUUUAGGCGCUCGGAUGUCGAGAUGGAGCAGCUUGGGCUGUCCUUUGAUGAGGGGGUUGCGCAUACCAUUCGCGAUAAGUGGGGGACAGGCUUUAGUUGGCUUUAUAGUUAUGAUGUAUGUUUCUGA